CCCUCACCUGGCUUCACGGAAAAACAAGUAAUCCUCUGAUUCCGUCUAUGACAGCUGCUUUUUCUGUCACUGCUUUUCUGGCUGUACAAUAUUUGCACAAUACACAGGUUUUGUGUUUCGUUCCUUUUCAAAUCUUCAUGAUAAUAACGCCAGGCUGUCUAAAAGGUGACGUUAGCUGCUCCCUCAGGCAAACUUAUCAACCGGUAACAACACCACGGCCAGCUGACGGAAACUGAGCUUGUUAGCCAGCUAGCCGUCGUUUCAGUCGAACUGCCCUUUGUCUUUACAAGCAAGUCUGCUAGCUGGCAUUGUUUUUCCUCUUGGUUAGUAGACACCAGCUUUUGCAAUUUCACUUUCUUUCGCCUGACAAAAGUUAAGCAAACCAAGAUAGGCGGCUUGGGAACCAAGAUGUCGAACCGAGUGGUGUGCAGAGAAGCAAGUCACGCCGGGAGCUGGUACUCUGCAUCGGGAUCCCAGCUGAAUGCACAACUAGAAGGCUGGCUGUCUAAAGCAGAGUCCUCAAUCAGACCUGCUAGAGCCAUCAUAGCACCGCAUGCAGGGUAUACCUACUGUGGUUCUUGUGCAGCAUAUGCCUACAAGCAGGUUGAUCCCUCUGUUACUCGUAGGGUGUUCAUCCUGGGACCUUCACACCAUGUGCCCCUCUCCCGCUGUGCCCUGUCACCUGCAGAGAUCUAUAGAACACCUCUCUAUGACCUGAGAAUCGACCAGAAGGUUUAUGCUGACCUCUGGAAAACUGGGUUGUUUGAGCGGAUGAGUCUGCAGACAGAUGAAGAUGAGCACAGUAUUGAAAUGCACUUGCCUUACACUGCUAAAGCCAUGGAGAGCCACAAAGAUGACUUUAGCAUCGUGCCUGUGCUUGUGGGUGCCCUGAGUGAAUCCAAGGAGCAGGAAUAUGGGAAGCUGCUCAGCAAGUACCUGGCAGACCCUUCCAACCUUUUCAUUAUCUCAUCCGACUUCUGCCACUGGGGUCAACGGUUCCGCUACACAUACUAUGAUGAAUCUCAAGGAGAGAUCUACAGGUCCAUUGAGCAUCUUGAUAAAAUGGGGAUGGGCAUUAUAGAAACGCUGGACCCAAUGUCGUUCACCAACUACUUGAAGAAGUACCGGAACACCAUCUGUGGGCGGCACCCUAUUGGAGUGCUUCUAAAUGCUGUUGCUGAGCUGAGGAAGUCUGGCUUAGACAUGAACUUCUCUUUCCUGAACUACGCCCAAUCCAGCGAGUGCAGGAAUUGGCAGGACAGCUCCGUGAGUUACGCUGCUGGGGCCCUCAUCGCUCAUUGAGGUCGACUUUUGCAGGGGCCACCGCAGCGUUGUUGCCCUGCCCCCUUACUAUCUAUCGCCAUAACCUGACCCAGAUACCCUCCCUCUCACCCCAGACCCCAGUUACACCUUCCCCUUUGCAGGAAGGACCUAGACACUCAAAGCCAAUACUGUCUUCUUUCUCUGUCUCUCCCUCUCCUAUCCACCGCCUUUCUCCACCCUCCUCUCAGUUUGAAGUGUGUCUCAGAGCAUUUGGUUGGAUUAUUUUGCUUGAAGUGCAGUUUUGAUAUCAUGUAGGUGAAAUUGGUUGGAGGAAAUGGGAGAGAGCAUAAUAUUUUGUCUCCGUAAGUGUUGGGAAGAGGAAAUUUUACUUGGGUUUGGUCCUGUUUUGUUUUCAUCACGAAACGAUGGAAGUGAGUUGUAAUAAUAUAAUCGUUACAUUUUGGCUCUCGAUCUGUGCAUAUGUAAUUUGCCUCAAGAAAGGAAUGAAAAUAAAACGGCAGAUCUUAACGGAGCAUAUUGCAAGUUUGCCGGAUAAGAUGAAAUGGGUGUUUUGACUGACUGCUACAAGCCACAUGCUACACAAGUUGUUAACAAAGGGCUGCACCCACCAAAUUCCGCUAAGUCCCCAAUGUACAAAACCAAAAACAUUUAUUACUCUUUUAUCAUUUUUAUUCUGUUUCUCAUAUUUUAAUCCUUUUAUUUUUCCCUACCCUUUGUAUUUUUAUUAGACGUGAACGUAUUUACUCAAGUAGUGUGUAGAUUUGAACAAAAGCAGUGUUGUCAGUUAGGUUCAUAUACGGUUUGCCCAAUAAAUUAUUGUGUGCAACACUGCUUCCAGAUUCCAAUUCUAUGCCUGUAGCAUUAUAGAUAUGUUUUUCAGGGGCCAGACUCCAGUCGUGCUACAGAAAUGUGAUCUAAGCUGGAUAUCGUGUAACUCACUCCAACACUGACACCUUUAGUCUCUGUUUACACUGUCACCUUGAAUCUCUGUUAUUGAACUUUCAGAAGACUCAAGUGUCAUUUUAGUUUUUUUGCUAAGCUUCUAGAACAUGUGUUUUGUUAGAAAUAAAAUGCCAUUCUGUGAUAGCUGCAAAACUUCUGCUGUGGCCCGACUAAAGUGCUACAGGACUCGAUCUGCUUAAAUAGUCGGAAAAUGUAAAAGAUCUGUUCAUUUGGUAUUCAUUUACAGCUCUUUGGUUAUACGUUUCUGAUCUGAGAAUGCCAAACGUUAUUUAGAGUAUAUAAGUAUAAGUCAUAUAAGAGUCGUCCCUAUUUAAAGAAUUGCUUUCCAGCAUCACUCGGCCAAGGUUGGCAAAAAAAAGCAGUUUCAAGAUAAGUCAUAAUGCUUUGCUGCAAGGUUUAAGAACAUAACAUGGAAAGAAACGCACAUUGAUCCUAGAUAAAAAAAUAAACAUCAUUAAUUUACAAAAUAAUAACAAUUAUUAACAAAAAAAUCUAAUGUUUAUUUCCUUUUUAAUGUAAUAUUCUCAAAUAUUUUCAUAGAUUAACAAACUGCAUACAUUCUCAAUGCAAAAACCUCAUGAUUCAUAGUGGCAGUAUAGGCUUUAAUGACCAUUUGAUAUUGAUAUUUGAUAUCAAUCUGACUUACUUUUACUGACGCAGUCCUCUAACAGUUGUUUUCCCUGCACCAUAAGAGGCACCCCACUUAGCAUUCAGCUACAAUGUCUUGUUGAACCAAGUGGGCACAGAACGAAAGAUGAAAUGCUCAGACUCACUUAACUUCUGACGCUAAUUUAAGGGAACCUAGUAAAGCAUGACACACUGUGCUAUUGUGCCUUUUAUCACUGUUGCACAUAAAUAUAUAACGUGUAUUCUGACUUUUAGUCUUAUUUUAGUACGUGUACUUUGAGUUUUUUGUUCUUCCACAUGUACCCCUGCCUCGUGCCGAACCAUUUUUCCAGCUCACCAGCCUGGCACUCCAGGAGUGUGUGACCUGCCCCCACCCCCCAUCUGUUGGUCUAAAAUGGCACCAACUGUUAUCUUUAUUCUCCAGCAGGGAGUGGUGUUUCUGUUCUCGACCUCACCUCAUUCCUGUAGAGACAAAAGGCUGAACCUCAACACUGUUUAUUUUCUGUUUAUGGAUAUUUGUUGGUUUUUAAGGUAUGUUUUUUUGUAUAAUGCUUUUUUUUCUUGCUUACAGAAUGGGAUCUUACAAGUCACCAACCUAAAAUAUACUACUUAAGUACUCCCUACAUGGAGUUUUUUUGAUCUCAGGUUCCACUGACAAAGCAUCCCAAAAGGCUCUUCAGAUAAGGCCUUGGAUUCAUGUUACAAAACAAGUAAAAUGUACUGAAAAUCUG